AUGGCAGCAGCCCGGGUGGAAGUGGAGCCCAAGGCGGCUCAGGAGGCUGCGCAAGUGCCGCCUGCCGAGGGCAUCAAGGCCAGGAUGACCCAGAACGCCCAGAACGCGGGGAAGGCGGAGGAGAAAUCGCCCCCGGAGAAAAAGCUCCUGGUUCAGAACAUCUUGCCAACCACCGUGAUGGGCGUCGGCCAUUUCCGAAAUCUGCGACAAGCCCGGGCGGAGGGCAAAGCCUUGAAGUCUCUGUCCACGUCGCUGCGAGAACGUGAUGAAAAUUUGGAGGGGCCCUGCGCCUUGGGUUGUAUAGUUAGCGCCUGUUGUCAGCGUUUUAACAACAUCCGCUUUUUCAUGAUUUUCUACUGCAUCCUGCUCAUCUCUCAAGGUAUGAUAUUUGGUCUUGUAGAUCUGAGCAUUGAUCAUUUUCAGAAGGUCUAUCAUCUGAAAGCCACCGAGAUUUUAGCACCGUCAUUGACCUAUGAUAUUUCAUCUUGUCUGGUAGCAAUACUUAUAGCAUACUAUGGAGGGAGAGGAAACAGACCAAGGUGGAUUGCAGUUUCCUCCAUUUUAGUAGGAAUGGGAUCGCUUUUAUUUUCUUAUCCAUACCUUACUGGUGGAGAUUAUCAACUGAAGAUAGAAAUUGAAGAUAUCUGCCAAGCAACGAAGGUUAUCGGUACUUGCCAGGAUGCCCUACCAUCAUUCAAAUCAAAAUAUACAUCUUUUUUCAUCUUUGGGCAGAUUGUGCAGGGAAUAGCAGGAAUACCUCUUUAUAUCCUUGGAAUAACCUUUCUUGAUGACAGUGUUGACAGAUACUCAUCUGGCAUCUACCUAGGCCUUGGAGAAGCUUCGACAAUGACUGGAUAUGCUUUGGGCAUUGCGAUAGGAGCACCACAAGUUCAGACCUUUGUGAAUAGUACUUCAUCUACCUACACUACUGAAAAUAAUGGUGGUAUACAUUGGCUGUGGACUUGGUGGAUUGAUUUUCUUCUUGCUGCUUUUAUUGCAUGGUCUACAUUAAUACCAUUGUCAUGCUUUCCACAUAGUAUACCAGGUACAGCAAGGUUAAAAGCUGAAAAACGUAAACAGCCUGGUUGGCCUGAUGCCAGACUUGAGCAACUGGAAUUUGGAACUACUAUCAAGGAUUUGUUUGCUUCUGUUAUGAUUUUGAUGAAGAAUCAAGUGUUUGUGUGCCUAGCUCUGUCCAGAGCUACUGAAAAUUUACUUGUUAUUGGAGUUUCUGAAUUUUUGCCUAAAUAUAUUGAAAAUCAGUAUGAAUUAACACCCACAGUGGCAGCUACACUUGCAGGACUUGUUUUAUUUCCAGGAGGUGCAAUUGGCCAGUUACUGGGAGGUGUCAUUAUUUCCAAGUUAGAGAUGUCUUGUAAAGCCAUUAUGAGAUUUGUAAUGGCUACAUCUACUAUAACACUUAUACUACUUGUAUUUAUAGUUUUUGUACGCUGUGAAAGAGUGCAGUUUGCUGGAAUCACUGAAAAUUAUGAAGGCACAGGACAGUUGGGAAACCUGACAGCUCCUUGUAAUUCUCAAUGUGAAUGCUCAUCUUCAUUUUACUCUACUAUAUGUGGAAGAGACAAUGUUGAAUAUUUCUCUCCCUGCUUUGCAGGCUGUACAGAUACAAAAAUAUUUGGCUCUCGAAGGCUAUACUACAAUUGUUCUUGCAUUACCAAAGGAUUAUCAACUCAAGAUGAUCAAGGUGAUUUUAAUGAUGCUGAAUCUGGGAAAUGUGAUGCAAAGUGCUAUAAAUUACCUUUGUUUAUUGCUUUUUUCUUUUCUACGAUUGUAUUUGCUGGUUUUUCUGGUAUACCAGGCACUGUGGCCAUUCUCCGAAUUGUAUCUGAAGAACAACAUUCUCUGGCCUUGGGAGUGGCUUUUGUGAUUUUGAGAAUAUUUGGGACCAUUCCUGGACCAUUAGUUUUUAAAAUGGUAGGAGAAAGUUCUUGUACCUUUCGUGAUACUGGGAUUUGUGGAAGUGCAGGAAGUUGUUGGAUCUAUAACAAGACAAAAAUGGCCUACCUAUUGGUAGGGAUAUGCUUUCUUUGCAAAGGACUUACUAUAUUCUUUACUGCUGUUGCAUUUUGCAUAUACUCACGUCCUACUAAGGAAAGCACUAAUACGCUGUCUUCGCCUGGUGAGGGCAAGAGUAAAAGAAAAGGAACGAAUUGACUUUUUAUAACUGGAUCAUUCUUAUGUAAGAAUUACAUGCAGUCAGUGAAUCAGUUGAAUAUUAAAUCAAUAAAAUUUUCAAAAAUAUAGCUAUGUGUUUAACAAACGACUGUGCCUCAUAUAAUUCUAUAUGUUUUAUUAUAUUUUGAAUACAAAUACAGUAAUAUAGUCUCUGUGUUUUACUUUUGUAAAAGGGAGUUACAAGAUACAUUUAAUACUUUCAAUAGAAGGGAAUUACUUUGACAGAGAAAGGGGAAGUGGAAGUAGGAAAACACACAUAAGUUAAUUCUAACUUCAGUGGUCUUUAUUAGAUUGAUAAGCUUUCCUAUAAUUUAUUCCUGUUACUUUUCAUUAGUUGUAGAUGCUUAUUCUGCAAUAAUUUUCCUAAGUAAAAGUACAUUUUCCAAUUCAGUUUAUCUAAUAAAAAUUUUCAGUAAAAGUCAUUUUUAUUCUUCAAAGAAAUAUUGGUUUAAACCUUUUAAAAAUUAGUCUUUUAUUUAUCUGUGAUUUACUCACUGACAGGUUUCCUCAGAAAAUCUCUCUGGUCAAUUGGCCAGUUGGCAAUAUCUAUUUCUGUGCUUCUUUAAUUUUAAUAGACAUAAAAUUCAAAAUGAACAUAUAGCUAUGUAUUUUGACCUUGACUUGAAUUUUAUUGACCAAUACUACUCAAUAACCUGAGUUGAUAUCCAUUUUUGUGUUUUUAUAUUUCGUUUUGUAAUUAAUCAUAAUUAUUUCAUGUAGAGAAAUAUUCAAAUUUGGAUGUAGAAAAUUGUCAACAAUUUAUGGGAAAUUUCCUUAAGCUAUGUUUUUACAGAAGGUGUUUGUUAUAACUAUUUUGUACAUCAUUGUGCUUCUGUCCUAAUUAUAUUACAAUUUUCCAUAUCUUGGAAUGAAAAAUAAGAUUGUUGUAAAAUGAAAAGAUUCUCUUCAAUGUUUACUUAUUCUCUUGGGAGAAGGGACAACGGAAAAAUCACUCCUUUGUUAUUCAUACUAGCCAAUGACCCUAUGUGGAAGGGUAGACAAUCAUAGUUGACAAAAGGAAAUGUGAAGCUGGUAGUAUUCAACUCUUCUAUAUAUUUUUCUUUCUUAACUUCAACACACAUUUAUGGAAAUUCAUUAGCUAAUUUUUAUGUGAAUCACUAUUUGACUCCUUGACUUUUCUCUGUUUGAACCAGCAGAAUUGCAGAGCAUCUAAGUAUCAGAGUGUGAAAACAG